UUUUAAGACGAAAAUAAGUCGUUUUCAUCGUCGACGAUCCUGAAGUUAGUGGUCGUCAACCGGCACAGAGAAUGUAAGACGAGGAUGUUUCUCGUCAACAAUAAACAUCAGCAUAGUCAGAAUGGGCGGCGUUGCGAAGGAUGCCCAGGUAAACGACCGCUCUGUAAGCGGAUGGACAAAAUCAGAGAUCGGUUGGAGCACCGGAGAGGAGGAGC